AUGGCCCUACUACGCCCCCGUCACCACUUAUCAACAGUCACUGCCUUCUCUUUUCUUUUAUUUUUCUCUGCCUCAGCUGCAACAUUCUCCCAACUAGGUAGUGGAGUACUUCAAGAGGGAGGAGAAGAGAGGGAAAAGGGAAGCGAGUUAAGGGCAUUUCAGCGAGUCCUGACUGAGAAGCGACUCGGUGGACCAGGUUCUUCACCGCCUUCGUGUAGAUCCAAGUGUGGCAAGUGCUCGCCAUGUAAACCAGCUCACGUGCCAAUUCAACCUGGUUUGAGUGUGCCAUUAGAGUAUUACCCAGAGGCUUGGAGAUGCAAGUGUGGCAACACGCUCUUUAUGCCUUAA